CCAAUCAUCUUCCAUCUGCCGGCCGUGCUAUCCAGUCCCAUGGCGCAAAUGGCGGGCACCUACCUCUCAAGCUUCCAUGCCACUGCCGCCGCAACUAGCGGCGGCGCGUCACCAAGGCCGAGGCCAAGAGUGGUGACAUGCCACGCCUCCGAGCCGUCGGGCCGGCGAUCAGCCUGCCUCAGUCUAGGCCUCGGCCUUGCCACCGCCGCUGUGCUCCACACAGCGCCCGCCCGCGCCACCGCUGCUGACGCCGACGAGGAGCCGGAGCCGGCCAACAACGGCUGGUGGCUCACCGAGUUCCCUCUGCCGGUGCCCAAGAUCCGCAACAAGGAGAUCAACAAUGGCGAGACAGGGACGCGAUCCUUUGUGAAGAACGGCAUCUACAUGGCAGACAUCGGGCCAAGCUUCGCGGCGCACGCCUACCGGGUGCGCAGCUCCGCAUUUGACCUGCUGGCGCUGGAGGACCUGCUCGGCAAGGAGGCCUCCAACUAUGUCAACAAGUACCUCCGCCUCAAGGCCACCUUCAUAUACUACGACUUCGACAAGCUCAUCACCGCCGCCAACCUCGACGCCAAGCCGCCGCUUCUCGGCCUAGCCAACCGCCUCUUCGACAGCUUCGAGAAGUUGCAGGCGGCUGUCACCACCAAGGAUGACGCUGACAUAGGAUCCUGUUAUGCUGACACAAAGCUCAUACUGCAGGAAGUCAUGACAAGAAUGGCCUAACCAGUAUCCAGGACAAACAGUUCUGUCAUGAACUGUAAAUUCUGCCUCAGACUCUAUCCAGGAUAGCCUCAGUGCGUUAUGUAAUGUGUAUUUGGUGAUACUGAGAAAUGACACGAUUCUAGUCGUGAAUGAAGAAUUGGUGGAGAUA